AUGGCGACGUCGCCGUCAGUGUCGCUGGAGCAUGAGACUCAAAUCUUCCUGGAUCUUUUCCACCAGGACGGGCUGGUGAUCUGUGCCCGGGGGCUGGGCAUUGACCGUCUCCUCCUGCGCUUCCUCCGUCUCUAUUGUGUGCCAACCGGCUUGGUCUUGGUUCUGAACACCAGCCCUGCAGAGGAGGAGUUCUUUAUUGACCAGUUGAGGACAUAUAACGUGGCUCAACUUCCUCGGCGCAUUACAAAUGAAAUCCCCAGCAACAGCCGAUAUGAAGUGUACAUGCAAGGAGGCAUCAUAUUUGCCACGAGCCGGAUCCUCGUGGUGGAUUUUCUGACAGGCAGAAUUCCUUCUGAUCUUAUCACUGGCAUCAUUGUGUACAAAGCCCACCGGAUCAUCGAGUCUUGCCAAGAGGCCUUUAUCUUGCGGCUCUAUCGGCAGAAAAACAAGGAAGGGUUCAUCAAAGCCUUCUCCGACAAUGCUGUUUCCUUUAACACUGGGUUUUGUCACGUGGAAAGAGCGAUGAGGAAUCUCUUUGUCAGGAAGCUUUACCUGUGGCCAAGGUUUCAUGUUGCAGUGCACUCCUUUUUAGAGCAACACAAGCCAGAAGUGGUGGAAUUACAUGUGAACAUGACCCCAGCCAUGCGCGCCAUCCAGAGUUCAAUACUGGACAUCCUGAAUGCUUGUUUGAAAGAAUUAAAGCAUUGUAACCCUGCCCUGGAAGUGGAGGAUCUAUCACUGGAAAAUGCCAUUGAUAACAAAGAAAAUAAGAAAAUAAAAGCUUCUGGAAAACCAGAUGAUGGGGAAGAAAAAGGGCAGAGAAGGGAAUUGAUAUUGGAAAGCAAUCCCAAGUGGGAAGCCCUGAGAGAGGUGCUCAAGGAGAUUGAGACGGAGAACGCCAAUAGCGAAGCUCUCGGUGGGCCAGGACGGACGCUGAUCUGCGCAGGGGAUGACCGAACGUGUGCUCAGCUGAAGGAGUAUAUCGUUGCGGGGGCCGAGGCUUUUCUGAUGAGACUCUACCACAAAACCUUUGGAAAGGACAAGGAAGCCAGCGAAGCGUUCCUGAGGGACGGGAAGGCAGCCGAGUACCGGGGCAGGGAUGCUGGAGAACCUCGGCCGAAAAGGGCCAAAAAGCAGUCUUCAAAGCCAAAUAAAAGCAAGAGGAAGCGAGAGCUGACGCUCACGCAGAUGGUGGGCAAGUGCGAACAGGAUACCGUGGAGGACCGAGACUCCUAUGAGGAGGUUGGUAGCGGCCAAGAGAGCAGUGGGGAAGCCAGACCCAGCGACUUCCCACUGGACCUGCCCUCGGAAUCUUGUUACGGGGUCUUAAAGGAGCCGCUGACUAUUAUUCAUCCUUUGAGCGGCUGCAGCGACCCCUACGCCCUCACGCGAGUCGUGCACGAGGUGGAACCCAGGUACAUUGUCCUGUACGAUGCGGAGCUAAGUUUCGUCCGCCAGUUGGAGAUUUACAAGGCCAGCAGGCCUGGGAAGCCUUUGAGGGUUUACUUCCUUAUAUACGGAGGGUCAACGGAAGAGCAGCGCUACCUGACCACCUUAAGGAAGGAAAAGGAAGCAUUCGAGAAACUCAUUCGAGAGAAGGCCAGCAUGGUCAUCCCUGAAGAACGGGAAGGAAGAGAUGAGACCAAUUUGGAUCUAGUAAGGGAUGCUACUCCCGCUGCCGCUUCCACUGAUACACGCAAAGCAGGUGGCCAGGACCAGAAGAGUGUCCAGCACAGUGUCGUGGUGGACAUGCGCGAAUUCCGGAGUGAGCUUCCGUCUCUGAUUCAUCGCCGGGGCAUCGACAUUGACCCCGUGACCUUGGAAGUCGGCGACUACAUCCUCACGCCUGACAUUUGUGUGGAGCGCAAGAGCAUCAGCGAUCUGAUUGGCUCCCUUAACAACGGGCGGCUUUACGGCCAGUGCGUCUCCAUGUGUCGCUAUUACAAGCGCCCCGUGCUCCUCAUUGAGUUUGACCCCGGCAAAUCCUUCUCCCUCCCCUCACGGGCGUCUCUCCAUCAGGAGAUCUCCGGCAACGACGUCACCUCCAAACUGGUCCUGCUGACCCUUCACUUCCCGCGACUCCGGCUCCUCUGGUGCCCUUCCCCAUACGCCACCGCAGAACUAUUCGAAGAGCUCAAGCAGAACCGCCCCCAGCCCGACCCGUUGGCCGCUGCGGCUGUUACGGCGGAUUCGGAAAGCCUGCCCGAGUCAGACAGAUACAGCCCGGGGCCCCAAGACUUCUUGCUAAAAAUGCCAGGGGUGAACGCCAAAAACUGCCAGGCCGUAAUGAACCGUGUCAAGAGCCUGGCAGAACUCAUCACUCUUUCUCAGGACAAGCUGGCAGAACUGCUGGGCAACGCUAGCAGUGCCAAACAGCUCUAUGAAUUCAUUCAUUUGCCGUACACAGAAGCUGUUUCUCGGGGAAAAACCAAGAGGUGAUGAAGGGCAUUGGGG